CUCUCUCUCUCUCUCUGCCUCCCUUCCUCUCCCUCUCCCCAAAACAAGAACAUUAUCUUCCUCCUUUGCUGGGUUUUGAGCUGCCCACCCCCUCCUGCUUUGUCUUUCUAUCAUGAAGAUCAAAAUAGCUGCCUUUUUAGCAGGGAUCAUCGGAGUCCUUGGGGUCCUUCUCUUUCUUGUAGCCUUUGGGACAGAUUAUUGGCUCCUGGCGACGGAGACGUGCGGAGGAUUCAUACCUGAGAACGGCACCUAUCACACUGAGGAGGUUGGGACGGGAAAUUGGACAAAAGGAAUUCUUACGUUUCACCAUGAAGGUUUCUUUUGGCGGUGCUGGUUCUUUGGUGAAGACUACAAGGAGACCAUAUGGAACUUCUGGUUUACGAGUCAAGCACAUCCAAAACAUUGCAUGCAUGGCUACCUGUUUCCUAUGCCUAUUGCACUUGGACCUCAUCCUCACCCCUCCUACGAUGCAACUGCAGUGUACAGGGGCUUCUGGACAGCGUUCAUUGUGCUGGCUGUCACCGCCAGCCUUGUAGGAGGAUUUCUCUUGGUGUGUGGUGUGCCUUUUGUCAGUGCACGGUUCUAUAAAGUAGGAGGCGGAUUCUUCAUCACGGCUGGUGCUUUAUUUGCCCUGCUCAUAUUCAUGUUUGCAAUGUGGAAGGAAUUUGCUGCCGAUCUCCCGAAGUACAUACUUCUAGAAAGAAGCGAAAGAUGCCUCAACGAUAUUCCUGUGAACGUUUAUUAUGGGUGGUCAUUCAUGUUUGCAGCGGCGGGAGUCCCCUUAGUGUUUAUUUCUGGAAUCCUUUUCUACCUUGUCGGUUACAGUAUCCCAAAGGAGCUGGAAUAAGGAAGGGCUGGGCCUCUGUGGGAGAUGUGCAGGAGGGGAAUGAUCUGAUGCUAUCUUGGCAUUGGGGAAAGCGUUUGUAGAAAUAUUUGUGUCAUUUAAGUGUUUGAUGGCAAAGCACUCUAAAACAAUGGUGGUGGAUCACUUUAGCACAGAGGUAGGGAACCUCAGGCCCGGCGACCAAAUGUCUGGACCUCGGGACACCCUUCACAGCCACAGCUCCUUCACUAGCUCUUCUUAGCACCCUUCUUGUGUGCUUUUGUGCCUGGCUGGAAAGUGUCUAUGAAUUCUGAUAAUGCCUCUUGCUUGUGUUACGGAGGAUAAAGGUGUGUGUGUGUGUGUGUGUGUGUGUGUGUGUGUUUAGAAACUAGCCUACUGGACAAAGGUAAAGUUUAUAUUUGUUGCUUUGCCCACUUUUGCAACUGGCUCCACCUGCCACUGGCAUGUGGUUCCUAGAAGGUUGUCCAUUGUGGUCCUUGGACAGAAAUAGGUUCUCCACCUCUGCCUUAGUGGGAAAUAUGUCAUUUGCUGCCUCGUAGGGCAUGUCAUUUUUGGGGGUGAAACUUAAUUUUUGAAAAUUUCUUCAGC